UUUCCACAUCCAAAGAAGCUAAUUAUAUAGGUUUAGGGUUAAUUUGUUUCAGUGCAAAUGCAAAUUCAAAAUCCACAAAUGUUCACUUCUACUAACAACACUCUCAACCCUUUUGCACUCUUCACUUCUUCCUCUUCUUCUUGUUAUGAUCCUUCUCCUCACAUAGCUCAUCAUGAACCUAAUAAUCACAGCAUUUUUCUUCACCACCACAGUUUACCACAACCAACUAAUAUUCUGCAAAACAGCUCCAUGUUCAUUUCUAAGCAAAAUAUUCAUGGAGAUCAAGAACAACAGCAGGACCCUACUUCUUUUGUUCCUGCGAAAAAGGCGGUCAAGAAAGAUAGACACAGCAAGAUUUGCACAGCUCAAGGUUUAAGAGAUCGGAGAGUGAGAUUGUCGAUUCAGAUCGCUAGAAAGUUCUUUGAUCUUCAAGAUAUGUUAGGGUUUGAUAAAGCAAGUAAAACCCUAGAAUGGCUACUGUUUAAGUCAAAAAAAGCCAUUAAAGAACUAACCAAGAAUGAAGGAUCUGCCGUUAUCAAAAGUUUUCUUGAAAAUGGUGAGCUAGAGGGUUUAGUUUCAAAGCAAGAAAAUGAAACUGAAAGUGGUGAUUUAUGUAAGAACAAAAGGAGUAAAAAGAUAAAGAAAGUUGACCUAGCAGCUAAAGAGUCAAGGGCAAAAGCAAGGGAAAGAGCAAGAGAAAGAACAAGAGUUAAAAUCUGCAGUAGACAAUUUCAUUGUCGCUCAGAUAUUAAUAAUAAUCAUCAAGCUUGUGAGAAAACAAGUGUAAACUGUGAAUCUUUGAAAGUUUUUUCUCAUCAUCAUCAAGAAUUAGGGCAGGAGUUACCCGUUACUAACCCUAACCCAUCGUCACUCGCCGGUCCAGAGCCUAAAGGAAACAUUGCUGCAGAUUCAAUGGUGAUUACGAGGAAAUUGAAGCAAUCUACAAUGAUGGGUUAUCAACAAAAUCUUGUAAUGUUCAAAGAUAUAAGCUGCAACAAUUUAUUGCCUAAUUUACCAGAAAAUUGGGACAUUAAUAGCGCAAUUGCGCGCUCUAGCCCUAGUUUUUGUUCGAUUACCAACAUGAAUCGAUUUUCAGGAGUGCAUCUGUAUGGCAAGCUGUGGGAGGCUGAUCAAAAUGAUUAGCGUUUAUGAGCAUUAAGGAAAGAAGUAAGGUGUCAUUCUCUAGCUUAAUUGUUGCAUCUUGAAUUUGAUAUUGCACAACUAAUUAAAGUGCCAUGUAUAAUCAUCACUUGUUAUGCACUUUAAAUGAGAAAUUAAGGUUUUGAUUAACGUGUUGCAUAUCUCUGUGUUCAAGCUUUAAGCUGAUUAAUAUAAGAUGAUGUCCC